AUGAUUAAUUAAUACAUUGAAAUCAUUCAAUAACUCAGACUUAUUAAGAUUGAACAGCUAUUACUAUAAAAGUUAAUAUAUAAAUUAGCGAAUCAAUUAAGACAUUUUCAAGAAUUUAGAAUGCUCAAAAAGUUUAAUAAACAAACAACUAGAAUUAUUCAAUCAUGUACAUAAUAAAUUAAAGAAAAUUCUUUAUAAGGACCAGAAGUAAUUGAAUAAAUUGAGAAGACUUAAUCAUUUUUAUUAACACUCUCUUAUAUUAUAACAGGAAAUAUAAAAAGAAAAUUACUCAUCCAAUUUUAACUCUUAACUUUUGGUGCUAUAAGUAGAAUAUAGGCAUGCUUUGAUCAUAUAAAAAAUAUAAUUAAUCAAAUGGAAUAAGGCAAAACAAGCACAAAUCCAUAAAUAAUUUCUUGA